AGAAAAAGAAGCACAAGAAACGCAGACAUCAAAGUUCUAGCAGUGAAAGCACCAGCAGUGACGACGAGCAAAGCAGAGCGAGAUCCAAGAAGAUGGAUAGUUCUUGGGAACCUGUUCAUCCCAAAGUCCCAGGGUACGGCUUACAGAGUAGAGACCCUGACCACAGUCACCGGCCUCGGCGCUCUCCAGCUGCUGGCCAGGAAAGAGCCACCCACAAACACCGAGACCGCGCUAGGUCAAGGAGCCGGUCCGGAUCUCCUAAGAGAGACACUGGCAAGAAGAGUACAGAGGAGGAAGAGUCUGAGCACAGGUACAGCACCAAGGUGGACAGGAAAGAAAAGGAAAGAGCCAGGAGCCCUUCCCCUAAAAAAGGAUACCGACGACAGCAUGCUUCAGGGUAUACUAGAAAGCUCUCCGCAGAGGAGCUAGAGCGUAAGCGUCAGGAAAUGUUGGAAAACGCCAAGUGGCGGGAAGAGGAGAGAGCAAACAAUGUCAGGAGACACCGAAAGGAGGAGGAGCGGGAACGAGAACUGGAGAAACUCAGCUCCCGAGAUGGGAAAUUCCUACACCACAUAAAACUGGAGAGUGCGUCCACUUCCUCUGUAGAGGAUCGGGUCAAACGCAACAUCCAUUCCAUCCAGAGAACACCAGCUGCCCUGGAAAAAAACUUUAUGCAGAGAUGAAACUUGCUCUCCUCCUGCUGAUGUGCUGGCUCACGAGGGCUCCUUCAGAACAGUUCACAGGACACUUCUUCUCAGAGGGCAGCUGCCCCAUGCACAGAGGGAUCCUCCAACAACCUACACAGAUUCCUGCAAUGAUACUUACUCUGUGAAAGGGAGCUGGACUUCUCUAUAUCAGCACAGAGUUCCUUGGCCUUCUAGCUUUGUGAAGGCAUUUAUACCUAGAGUAUUACAUUGCAACAAGCUGUUUGCUGGAGUCACCCUCCACCCUUGUAUUCUGUUUUUAACACUUUGCCAGAUCCUGCUUCCUGUUGCCCACCUAAACCAGCAUCCAUUUUUAAUACUGUUCUCAGACACAAAUUUCUGGUAACUAAUUACCAGACUAAUUGGGCAAGUUGACCUCUUUCGAUGCUUGAGAAAGGAUCUAUUUUAUCAAUGCUGUAGAAUCGGCCAUGGGAACAAAUUCACCUGUGGAGUAACUCGGCUAACUUCUGUGAAGUGACACCAGACACAGACUUAGCUUGUUUGGUAUUCAGUAUCACCAGUUUGGGAAUAGGCAAGGAGGGUGUAUGGAGUUAGUUUCAGACAUAUCUGAUCUGUGAAAUAUCUGUAAAAAUAUGCCAAGUUGCUCACAAGUUUGAAUGAUGUGUGUCAGCAAGGCAGAGACUUGAGUGAAAGGAAGAAUAAACUGAAACAAAACUCAAACAAGAUGCAGGUAAUAGAAUAAAAUAUUUCUCUGGGAUUUUGUACAUAUACAUGGAGUAAUGGGCAUAAGUACAGGGGUGUAUCUGACUAGGCAUUUUUUUUAAAGUACUUUUUAAAAAAUCUCUGACUCAUUUCCAGAAAAGAGGGUUAGAUUCUAAUUGCAGAGAGCACUGUCAAUUCAUCAUUUAGGGCCAAUUAGCAAUUAGUGCAGUAGGUUACAGCAGCCUUGGAAAACCGUCAUAAAAAUGUCCCCUCCCCACAUUAUGAUGAAAAUGCGUAUUGCAUCCAAAAAUAAAACUGUUGUGUUGAUAAGCAGGCAAAAAAAAUUUGCAAUGCUGAGUAACAAAAUUCUGUUUGCUCAUGUGUAGAAGGGGGAGAGGUCAUUAUUUGGAGGCUGAGGGUAGGAAUGUGAGAGACUGAAUUGGGGAUUUCUCCAUUUUAUGAGGGGUCAGGCAAAUGUACUUUGUAGCUCAGAGAGCAAAUUUUCAUGGCAGUUUUGCAAAGUUGAUUGAAGUACUCUCUUUGAAUUGACCACGCUGUAUAAAAUGUUUUCCUUUGGCAGAUGAUUAUUGCUCUAUAGUAGCUUACUGCUGGGUUAUUCUAAAAUUAGUGCAAAUGGGAGUCAGAAAUGAACCCAUUUACUGUAAGCAACUUUUAAAAAUUAUAUCUAAAAGACAGUAUUUCUCAUACCCGCCUUUGUAUAUUACCCCGGUGAAUCCUUCAUCCUUGUUGUGUUACAGCAAUGGGUUCUAUUAAAUGUUGUGUGGCCUGUUUUA